GUCCGAGCUAAGAGGGUCCAGAGCUGAGCUAAGCUGUGCGGGAUCUGGGCUGGGGGCCAUGGACUAUGGGGAGGAUCUGGGCAGGGGGCAGCAGGGUCUGUGCCGGGGACACUCGGGAGGGCACCCUAGAGCAGGGCACUGCGGGGUGAGGUGCUUGGGCCCCGGGUCAGGUCUAGUGCGGGAACGCUCAGGGUAGGAGCUGGGCGCUCGGGGCAGGGCUGUGGAUCCACCCGGCAGCUCCUGCCCCGGGCCAGCGCCUCCCAAGCCUGGUGUGCCUGGCACAGACCAGCUUCUGCAGGCGGAGGAGACCCAGCUGCCCUGUCACCCCAGAGGGUCGCUGCCGGAUGGGGCUGAGGGACGGCAGGGGGCAUUGGUGAAUCGAGAGGUUCCUGCCUGGCAGGGCUGUGAGCCCAGUGCAAACUCGCAGACCAGUACCAAGUCCUGGCCCACAUGCCUGAACCCCACAUGCUCCAGAGCCCUGGGGAAGGCUCCUAUCCUGCCCAAAGGCUCUGCCCAGCCAGGAGUGCCUCUGACAGGCCUCCCCGAGCUAACAUGGGGGGUCAUGCUUCUCUCUCAGCUCCUGUGAGUGGAUGGGGAUGGAGCCUGCAGAGCCGGACUACCAGAAGCAAUUCCAGGCAGCUGUCAGAGUCAUUCAGGGCCUGCCUAAGAACGGGUCCUACCGCCCCCCCUACGAGGUGAUGCUACGAUUCUACAGCUACUACAAGCAGGCGACAGUGGGCAGCUGCAAGAUCCCCCGGCCUGGAUUCUGGGAUCCCAUCGGCCGGUAUAAGUGGGAUGCGUGGAGCAGGCUGGGGAAGAUGUCCAAAGAGGAGGCCAUGGCCGCGUAUGUCUCGGAGAUGAAGAAGGUAGCCCAGAAGGUCAUUGACACGAUCCCAGCAGGCGAGGUGUCUGAGGACGUGUUUGGGUUCUUCGAACCUCUCUACGAGGUGAUACACGAUAUGCCCCGGCCCCCAGAGUCCUUCUUCAAGAAGAAGGCUGGUGGCGGGCUGGGCCGCACUGACGAAGCCCUGGAGAGCAGCCAAGUGACCAGUGACUCAGAAAGCGAAGUCUACAGUGACACCCUGGAGCAGAUAGAGCCUGGCCAGGCUGGUCAGCGCGUGGCUGGGCAGAGCCUUUCCCUAAGCAGUCCUCAUGCAGCCAGCCUACAUGCCGAUGUCGGGCGUGAGUCCCUGGAAACCUGCAGGGAGGGAGAGCCUGGCGAAGGCGGCGGACUAGCCGGGCAGAGCAGCGAUGGCCCCAGGCCCCUCGGCACAGAGAGAGAGCUGCAGGCUGCCCCGGGAGCCAGGGGCUGUCCAGAUGCUGACCAGGGGGAAGCAGCGAGCACCAGGCUCUGGCCGGAGCUGGAUGUGCAGCUGCUUGGCACCGUCCGUGCCCUGCAGGACAACAUGCGGACCGUCUUGAAGAGGCUGAGCCGCCUGGAAACGCUGAGCACCAUGCAGGGGCACGCGUCUGGGUCCGGCCCUCGCCACCGGCAGAAGCCGUCCCGCUGGCCGCUGGAGGUCUCAGCUCGCACCCUUCUGUUCCUCCUCGCCUGGCCCUUCGUCGUCCAGUGGCUGCUGCGGCGUUUCCAGCGCAGGAAGAGGUGAUUGUUCUCUGUCUGAAUGUGCAGCACUGAGCAGAAACCCCGGUCGCGGCAGGAACACGCCGCCAGGCUGGAGCCUGCAGCUCAGCCGUCGGGACUCAGCACCCAGCAGACCCGCAGCUCCGCAAUGGGUGACUAAAGUGAUGCUACUCCCAGGAGCUGGGAAAGGAGAACAAGCCAGUCAGCACUCUCUCUGGGGGAGCAGCGGGCUGUCCCCCAGGUGCCAGGGACAGCUCCUCUGAAGGACAAACCAGUCCAGAAGUGUGGCAAGGAGAGAUCGGAUUCAGCACUUCCUCAGCAAGCUUGGAGCCAUCAGCUUGGUCGGGGGGACCCCAGCCUGGGUCUGGCCCAGCACGUUCUCCUCUGAGACACCAUUUCACUUGUGGGAGGACCGGGGGACUCUCGUGGGAGGCCUGCCAGCAGGCUCCUCUGUCUCUCCCCACUCACGCCUGCUCAGGUGAUCUGCAGCAUGACAGUGGCAGCAAAUGGAACACCCCCAUUAAAGAAGAACAGUUUUUCCGC